AUUUGUACUGCUCUCCUAGCAAGAGAAGGUGAGACAUCCGUUCCCUCUACAAGAAACUCUGGCUCUUGCAGGAUGGAUUUUCAAGGGUCGAUUCCAACCUAUAUCUAUGACAUCGAUUAUAGUAUGUCAGCACCCUGCCAAAAAGUCAAUGUGAAACAACUUGCAGCCCAGCUCCUGCCCCCACUCUACUCUCUGGUAUUCAUCUUUGGUUUUGUGGGUAACAUGAUGGUCUUCCUCAUCCUGAUAAGCUGCAAAAAGCUGAAGAGCAUGACUGAUAUCUACCUGUUCAACCUGGCCAUCUCUGACCUGCUCUUCCUGCUCACACUCCCAUUCUGGGCUCACUAUGCUGCAAAUGAGUGGGUCUCUGGGAAUAUAAUGUGCAGAUUAUUCACAGGGAUCUAUCACAUUGGGUAUUUUGGUGGAAUCUUCUUCAUUAUCCUCCUGACAAUUGAUAGGUACUUGGCUAUUGUCCAUGCUGUGUUUGCUAUAAAAGCCAGAACAGUCAACUUUGGGGUAAUAACAAGUGUAGUCACUUGGGUGGUGGCUGUGUUUGUCUCUCUCCCAGAAAUAAUCUUUACGAGAUCUCAAAAAGAAGGUUCUCAUUAUACAUGCAGUCCUCAUUUUCCACGUACUCAAUAUCAUUUCUGGAAGCAUUUUCAAACAUUAAAGAUGGUCAUCUUGAGCCUGAUCCUACCCCUACUUGUCAUGGUCAUCUGCUAUUCAGGAAUCCUCAACACCCUGUUUCGCUGUAGGAAUGAGAAAAAGAGGCACAGGGCUGUAAGGCUCAUCUUUGCCAUCAUGAUUGUCUACUUUCUCUUCUGGACUCCCUACAACAUUGUCCUCCUCCUGACCACCUUCCAGGAAUACUUUGGACUGAAUAAUUGCAGUAGUUCUAAUAGACUAGACCAGGCAAUGCAGGCGACAGAGACUCUUGGGAUGACACACUGCUGCCUCAACCCUGUCAUCUAUGCCUUUGUUGGGGAGAAGUUCCGGAAUUAUCUCUCUGUGUUCUUCCGAAAACACAUUGUCAAACGCUUCUGCAAACACUGUUCAAUUUUCCAGCAAGUCAAUCCUGAUCGUGUAAGCUCAGUCUAUACCCGGUCCACAGGAGAACAGGAAGUUUCUACUGGUUUAUGACCUAGGUUGAGUUUUGUGUAUCACUUAGUUUUUUUAUGUAGCUUGAGGGUAGAGAUGGUUCUUUUAGAAAAGAAAUUAAUAUAGAGGGCCUAAGGUACAUGCAUUGUUUUAAUAUUUAUUUGAGAUAGAUUGGGUCUUUGAAAGCUGAGUAGUUUUAUAAACGUGAAUGAGAAUGUAUUGAUGAGACAGUGAUUUCUGGCUUCAUUCCUAUUUAACUACAAUUAUUGCCAAACUCUUCUUUAGCCACAAAAGUUCACUAUUAAAAAAUACUGAGCAUUGGGAUUUUUUUUUUUUUAGAGCUUGAGUAUCUGAGCAAAAAUAACAUCACUUUUUCCCUAUACAAAGCAAAAUUCAGGCUACUUAAAUCAGGUCUUUGUCUUGCCCCGAGAAGAAAGGAUGAGACCAUGACUAGUUAGGGAAUAGAUAACCAAGCUAUAUGAAUUGCUUUAUAGACUUGUAUGAUCAGUAAGUGCUCUGUGGCCUGAGAAGGCUGGGAACAAGUCUUUAUAAAAAGAGAUUUGAACUGGAUCCUUGUUAAUAAAUGAGAGGGAAGCCAUUCUCUGGGUGGUAUGGCUAUAUGAGUGAAGCAAGGGUAGAGCUGUGACUAGUUGAAGAGGACAUGAAGAGAAUGGUCAAGGCCGAAUCCUAAGGCAUCAUAUCAGCAUUGCUUCUUCAGAGUUAUGUGCAUGGUGGGGAGCACCUAGACAGGUUUGUGCAAAGCUUGUUUCAUGGCUAAGAAAGUCUGGCAAUGGUGAGCAUUGAGGGCUAGUAAGUCAGCAGUAAUAAGGUUAGGAUGAAAUCAUGUCACCUGGGCUAGGCAGAGGAGAAUGUUAGAAGAACAAAUUACAUCAUGCAGCAUGUAGGUCUCAUGUGGGAGGUUUACUGGGAGAAGGAGACAGAAGUAGAUUGUUGUGAAGUCAAUUCUAGCUGUCCACGGAUGUGCUUGAUUGCUAACAGGGAAGAACCACUUCUGCACAUAAAAUAUAGAGUCAGCAGAACUUGGGAUAAAUUGCAGUUAAAGGUGAACAAGAACCCCUAGGCUUAAUUAGGUUGGAAUAACCAUUGAGGAAACAACAAAUACAAAGUGAAAAUAAAGGAAAGAGCUUGUCCUAGGAAGAUGGUCUCAUUUUGCAACCUGAAUAUAAUGUCUCAGGCUGUCAUUUUGUUCCUGCAUUCAGAUGUAAAUCCUACCGUACCAGCUUUGAUCCUGAAGGGUCACCAGGGGGCUGUGAAACACCUGGAUUAAGAAUCAUGAGCCUGGGGGUUGGGGACUUAGCUCAGUGGUAGAGCGCUUGCCUAGAAAGCGCACGGCCCUGGGUUCGGUCCCCAGCUCCG